UAAAGUUAAGUCAGAUUCAGUACAAAAGGGACCAGGUGCUACUUGAGUUAUUGUGCAUUAAAACUGCAGAGAGUCUCUUAAAAUUACUUUUCUUGUAAGUAAAAUUGAGGUAAACACACACCCAACUCUAAGUUACUUGUUUAGAUACAUUUUCAACCAAUCUAAAUUACUUUUGAUGGUGAGGAUGUCAUUUUAGUAAGAAUGUCUCACACUUUAAGUAUUGACACUGUAAAAACACACAGACUUAUUACUAUGUUUAUUAACUUUGUGAUUUGUUUAUCAGAAUCACAUCUGAGGCCUUCCAUCCCGUGGUCCUACUGCUUUACCUACCCAUUUCAGCCCAGGGAGUCUCUCUUACGAAUCCCCUCUUGACUUGGAAACUUCCACUUUUAGCUAGAUACUAAAUAAGUCCCCCUUUGGCUGUUAUUAAACUCAGGAUGAAGAUCUCUCCAGUGAGAUUGUAACUCCAUGAAGGAUCUGCCUAUUCCAUCCUAACUAAAGUCAUACAUUUAUUAUAUAGGUAAAAACACAGAAUUCGACAUUCAAGGUAAAUAUAAAGUAAUUGAAAGGAUUGGUUUCUCUAUUCUUCCUUGACUAAGUCACUUUUCCACCCAGACGCUCCUGCUUAAACCAAUGGACUCCACGUGUACUAGCAAGAAAUGCUGAGGACAGACGAGAAAAGCACAUCUCGGCAGUGACCUGCUGUCUUCUGGUGGGGAAAACAUCCCAAAGGCAAGCAAACAGCAAAACCCUUCUGAAGGGUCGGGAGACCCCAGCCUUAACCAAAGCUCCAGCUCUGUGACUAGAGAUUCCUAAGCCUCAGCAUUUGCUCAGCUCACGACCUCUUCCCCAUGAGGACUAGGUUUCUCAGAGAUCGUCUCCUGCUCCUAGCGGUGUGUCUCAUGCACGCUGGACUCUCAGGAAGUAUUUCCUCUACCAUCUUGAGUUUGCCAUGGAUCCCCUGCUCUCAACAAAUACACAGUCCAGCUGGCGCAAAGAUGACCAACAAGCAGUUGUAGUGGGCCAAAAAUAAAUAUUAUAAUUAAGACGUAAGAGCAAACACAGCUUUAACAGUACACAGCAUUACCAUGCAUACAGCAAUGUUCCAUACGCCUUACUGAUGUAAUCUGAGUGUUGAUGCUUCCCAAAUUCAUAGGCUGAAAUCCUGAAGUGUCACAGGGAUGGUAGAAAGAGGUGGGAUCUUUAUAGGGAGUCAUGGAGACGGAUGUCUUAUGAGGCCAAAGGAGUUUGUGUGGGUUAAUUUUCCAUGGCUGUGACAAAAUGUCUGAGAUAAGUCAGAAGGGUGAAAAGAUUGUUUGGGUCAUGGUUCCAGAAGGUUCAGAUCAUGGUUUAUUAGCUCUGUUCGUUUAGACAUUUAGACUUCUGAGUGAGAAUACCAUUGUAGGUCACACACACACACACACACACACACACACACACACACACACACACACACAUACACAAAACGGUGGAACAAUGCUACUCGUGACCAGAAGAUAGGGUAGGAGAGGAGAGGACAGGAGGAGAGGUGGGGGGAAAGACCUGGGUCCACAUGCCCUUCAAGAAGGAGUAUGUCCCUGAUGACCUAAUGUCACUGGCUCCCACCUCACAGAGUUCACCACUUUCCAACAGGAUCAUGAUCUGGUGACUGAACCUUUAACAGACAAACCUUGAAGGACAUUUAAGAUCCAAAUCCCAACACAGGCUUUGUGUCCCUUUCACCACAUGAAGAUACAUCUAAGAGGUGCCUUAUGACUCAGAAAGGACUUUCCACACAUACCAACUCUGCCAGUACCAUGCAUUGAAACGUCCGCUUCUAGAACUGUGAGAAGUAAAUGUUUCUAAGCCACGUGGUAAUGGUAAUUUUGUUACAGCAUCCGAAAGGGAUGGUCUUAGACACAUGUAUCAAUUCACCUGUUCACUACAAACCUACGAGGCAGGGGUUACUAUUAUUUCUAUUUUCAGAGGCACACGUGAAGUAACUUCCCCCCAGGUCCUGCAGUUGCCUGCUUCUAUGGUACUGAUAAUGAAUUAGUGUGGUAUAAACACAAAGACUGGAGCAUCGCUGAAAUUCUAGAAAAGUAUUAUAUGACCCAUUAUGACUAAAUUUUGUGUACCCCCAAAUUCAUACAUUGAAUUUCUAAGUUCUAGUUUGUCAGUAUAUGACUAUACUUGGUCACUGGGUCUUUCUCAAAGCAACUAAAUUUAAAUCAUACAAUUAUAGUUGUCUGUAAUCACUAUGAUGCAGAGGAGGAGGAGGAGGAGGAGGAGGAGGAGGAGGAGGAGGAGGAGGAGGAGAAAAUAUCCAAGGGAGGACAGCGGGGAGACACAGGCAAAAUGAGCCAUCUGCAAUCCAAGAGCGACCUCAGGGGAGGCCAACCAACCUAUUCUGAGAAAAUAUAUUUGUAUUAUUGAACACAGCAUGAGGUAGGUUGUUUUAACAAGCCUAGCACACUAACAUCGGAUCAGAUCAUGCACAUUUGCUAAACUACGGAAAUUAAAAGGUGUCACUUAUGCUAGAAUUCCAUAGACUCCUUUAUGCAUCAACAUGGCCGAUCCUAUAAUCUGGCAAGAGUGGGGACGGGGAGAAUACAGGCGUCAUAGCACUCUUGAAGGUUUCUAGUUCAGUCUUUUCCCCGAAGCUAAAGAAGGUGGUGAGGCUGGUUUAGUCCUGGAAUGGCAGAAGAGAGGUGGAACUGGCAGAAUCAUUCACUCCAGUGUGGGAUGACCACGCUAGCAGCGGAAAUUAAAAGCAGAGAGUUCAUCAGGGAGACCAGUGAGGGUAGAAAUGACAGGGAGACACGUGAGGGACCUGAAGAGGAGGAGGAGGAUGAGAAUAACCUAAGAGAAGCCUUAGAAGUGAAGCGAGAGAGGCACAAGCCUCAACCAGGGUUAUGGGAUUUCAAAGAGAUGGGGACACCAUAGAAAAUUGAGCUUGGAGGAGGCUCAGCAUGAACCAGCUGCACAGCCUUAAGUUGGAUGUGCCAGCUGGGGCGGAGGGAGGAAUGAACAUCUAGACCUAAGGCCUGUGGCAGGAUUCCGUUCCUCAGAUCCCAGUGCUGAGCAGGAGCGGAAAUGAGAUAAUGGUGGAGGCAUGAGCGAUCCGAGUCCCAAAACCCAGUCCUUGGCAUCCUCAGGAUGUCUGGAGAGAGGAGACAGGGGAAAUCACCUAAUCAACAGGAGAAUCGGGGAUGAGGACCACCAAGUGCAAGGCGGGACAGGCUUAAUGACCUGUUCUGUUUUUUAAAUGAAGGAUAGAUUUCUUUGCCCUCCUGGAGACUUCAGUUCAAGCUAGAUUUCACCAGUUCACACUAUGCAACAAGAGGAUCACAGUCUUUACUCUUCUCUUUGGGCCUUGGUAAACCUAGGCAGGGGAUGGACAUGGCCUAAGCAUUAUCUCGAGGUCCUGCAGGCAUGGACAAACCCAGGACUCCUUUUCCAGAGGAGCUGGCCGGCCAAGCACUCCCUCCUUUCGCGAGCCACCCCAUAGGAACGCGGGCGCCGUUCGGGACCCGGCUCCACUUGGAACGCUGGCCCGGGAAUCGCGGGACGCGCGCUGGCCGCCAGGGCCACUUCCCCGCGCCUGAGGCCAGCCGAGGCGAAGCCUGGCCCCGGGAGGCGGGCCGAGGGGGCGGGCGGGGGCGGGGAGCAGGCGGCGGACCCCGGGAAGAAAAGAACAUGGCUCCUGCGGCAGAGGGCAGCGCCGCUCCGGGGCGCGCGGGGCGCCAGUGACCGCGAUGGUGAACUCCAACCGCGUGCAGCCGCAGCCGCCCGGGGAUGCCAAGCGCUCGCCCGCACCGCGAGCUCCCGGGUCAGGCCGGCUGGCUGCAGGAGGUGCGGCUGGGGGCGCCGGCCUGGCCGUCCCGGGAGGCCUCCGGGAGCAGCGGGGCCUGGAGAUCGAGAUGGAGCGCAUCCGGCAGGCGGCUGCGCGGGACCCCCCGGCCGGAGCCUCGGCCUCCCCUUCUCCUCCGCUCUCGUCGUGCUCCAGGCAGGCGUGGAGCCGCGAUAACCCGGGCUUCGAGGCCGAGGAGGACGACGACGACGACGAGGUGGAAGGGGAGGAAGGAGGGAUGGUGGUGGAGAUGGACGUGGAGUGGCGCCCGGGCAGCCGCAGGUCGGCCUCCUCCUCGGCUGUGAGCUCGGCGGGCGCCCGCGGCCGGGCGCUGGGGAGUUACCGGGGCGCCGGGCACCCGAGCGGGAGGAGGCGCCGGCUAGAGGACCAGGGCGCGCCGUGUCCCAGCCCCGCAGGCGGCGGGGACCCGCUGCAUCGCCACCUCCCCCUGGACCGGCAGCCGCCCCGAGUGGCCUGGGCCGAGAGGCUGGUGCGCGGGCUGCGAGGUCUCUGGGGAACAAGACUCAUGGAAGAGAGCAACACCAACCGAGAGAAAUAUCUUAAAAGUGUGUUGCGGGAACUGGUCACGUACCUCCUUUUCCUCAUAGUCUUGUGCAUCUUGACCUAUGGCAUGAUGAGUUCCAAUGUGUACUACUACACGCGGACAUUGUCACAGCUUUUCAUAGACACCCCAGUGUCUAAAACAGAGAAGACUAACUUUAAAACUCUUUCUUCGAUGGAGGACUUCUGGAAGUUCACAGAAGGCGCCUUCCUGGAUGGGCUGUACUGGAAGGCGCAGACGGGCAACCACACGCAAGCGGACAACCGAAGCUUCAUUUUCUAUGAGAACCUGCUGCUGGGAGUGCCUCGUUUACGCCAACUCAGAGUCAGAAACGGAUCCUGCUCCAUUCCUCAGGACUUGAGAGAUGAAAUUAAAGAGUGCUAUGAUGUCUACUCCGUCAGCAGUGAGGACAGGGCUCCAUUUGGACCACGAAACGGAACUGCGUGGGUCUACACCAGUGAAAAGGACUUGAAUGGGAGCAGCCACUGGGGGAUCAUUGCCACAUACAGUGGAGCGGGCUAUUACUUGGAUCUUUCCAGAACCAGGGAGGAAACGGCUGCUCAGAUUGCUGGCCUCAGGAGAAACUUCUGGCUGGACCGGGGGACCCGGGCGACUUUCAUUGACUUUUCAGUGUACAAUGCGAACAUCAACCUGUUCUGCGUGGUCAGGUUAUUGGUUGAAUUCCCAGCCACAGGCGGCGUGGUGCCCUCUUGGCAGUUCCAGCCUGUAAAACUGAUCCGCUAUGUCACAGCUUUUGAUUUCUUCCUGGCAGCCUGUGAGAUUAUCUUCUGUUUCUUCAUCCUUUACUAUGUGGUGGAAGAGAUACUGGAGAUUCGGAUUCACAGACUACACUAUUUCAGGAGUUUCUGGAACUGUCUGGAUGUUGUGAUUGUUGUGUUAUCCGUAGUAGCUGUGGUAAUUAACAUUUACCGAAUGUCAAAUGGAGAGGGUCUGCUGCAGUUUCUCGAAGAUCGAAGUUCUUUCCCCAACUUCGAGCAUGUGGCAUACUGGCAAAUACAGUUCAACAAUAUAGCUGCUGUCAUGGUGUUUUUGGUCUGGAUCAAGCUCUUCAAAUUCAUCAACUUUAACAGGACCAUGAGCCAGCUCUCCACAACCAUGUCUAGAUGUGCCAAAGACCUCUUUGGUUUCACCAUUAUGUUCUUCAUUAUUUUCUUGGCAUAUGCUCAGCUGGCAUACCUUGUCUUUGGCACUCAAGUUGAUGACUUCAGCACUUUCCAGGAAUGUAUCUUCACUCAGUUCCGCAUCAUUUUGGGGGAUAUCAACUUCGCAGAGAUUGAGGAAGCUAACCGAGUGUUGGGACCACUUUAUUUCACUACAUUUGUGUUCUUUAUGUUCUUCAUUCUUUUGAACAUGUUUUUGGCCAUCAUCAAUGAUACUUACUCGGAAGUGAAGUCGGAUCUGGCCCAGCAGAAAGCGGAAAUGGAACUCUCAGACCUCAUCAGAAAGGGCUACCAAAAAGCACUGGUCAAACUAAAACUUAAAAGAAAUACUGUAGAUGAUAUUUCAGAGAGUCUGCGGCAAGGUGGGGGCAAGUUGAACUUUGAUGAGCUUCGACAGGACCUGAAAGGGAAAGGCCAUACGGAUGCAGAAAUUGAGGCCAUAUUCACUAAGUAUGACCAGGAUGGUGAUCAGGAACUGACGGAACGUGAGCAUCAACAGAUGAGAGAUGACUUGGAGAAAGAGAGGGAGGACCUGGACUUGGAACAUAGCUCUUUACCACGUCCCAUGAGCAGCAGAAGUUUCCCGAGAAGCCUGGAUGACUCUGAGGAGGAGGAUGACGACGACAGCGGGCAUAGCUCCAGGCGAAGGGGCAGCAUCUCCAGCGGGGUUUCUUAUGAAGAGUUCCAGGUCCUGGUGAGACGCGUGGACCGCAUGGAGCACUCCAUAGGCAGCAUAGUGUCUAAGAUUGAUGCUGUCAUUGUCAAGCUUGAGAUCAUGGAGCGGGCCAAGCUGAAGAGGCGAGAGGUGUUAGGACGGCUGCUGGAUGGGGUGGCUGAGGAUGAGAGGCUGGGUCGUGACAGUGAGAUCCACAGGGAGCAGAUGGAGCGCCUGGUACGGGAAGAGUUGGAGCGCUGGGAAUCGGACGAUGCAGCAUCCCAGACUGGUCAUGGUCUAGGUACACAAAUGGGACUCAACGGUCAGCCUCAACCCAGAAGUUCCCGGCCUCCUUCCUCCCAGUCUGCAGAGGGCCUGGAAGGUGGAGGUGGAAAUGGAAGUGCCAAUACCCACGUGUAAUAGUCCACGAGUGUUUGUAUGUGUGUUCCUGAGAUCCCAAGAGGUGGGUGUCAAGUAGGACAAUGGCAUUUACGGUAUUUAUAUGCCCGGCUACGUGAUGAUGCUGGUCUUUGUGACUAAUUGUUAUAGUUUUCUGCACUUUUAAUUUAUUUUACAUAAACUUUACCCAUGAUUCAAGGAAGAUUGUUUUACUUUUUCUCAUAUGAGAAAUCUAGAUGUAAAUACUGAGUUCAGAAGACAAAAAAAAAAAAAUUGAAAGUACACCCAGUUGCUGCCUUACCCAAGUCUUAAAAGCUGCUCUGAGUUCAUGUCCAGCCCCUGCAGUCAGCAGUGGCAGGCCUGUACAGUGCGUUAAGGAAAACCAGACAUGUCUUUCCACUCAGAAGUAACUUGGGAGCUUACUGCAAACUUCCUUCUAAAAGAGGAGUCUUAUUUCACCAACCUUUCUGGGGUGAACUUUUCUCAAAAAUGAAGUAGGAGAGAACUCCAAAGCAAAGUAUGGAUGUGUAGCCAUUGUUAAAAUGUGUAUGAACAGUUGAGGUAGAUGUUAAGUGCUGUCCCUUUUGCUAUUAUAUUCUGAGUUUGUGGGACUAACCAUAUCAUUUAUUUUUUGUAUUAUUUAGCUUUUGUUGGAAAUUUGGUAAGAGAAGCCAAAAAGAUAAAUUAUAGGAUAAAAUGUGAGAGAAUUGGGAAGAGCCUUAAUAUGUCACUAAACUUGACUUUUCAAUUCUUUGUUAGCAUAGAAAUUUCUCCGUUUUUCUUUCUUGUGUGUCUCAUUUACAACUGAAUCUAAUAUCAAAAUAACUAAUGAAUAAGACAAACUUACUGAAUAUUUUAGUAUGCAAUGGAAGUUUUAAUUGAGCAAAUAUGUACAUGUGAAGCAGUAUUUUAAGGAAGUUUUAAAAUGCAUAAAAGCUCUGUAAAAGUAAAGGUUUGACUUAAGUUGUAUCUAGAAUGUAGUUCUCAAGUAUCCUUAAUCUUAUAUUUCAGAAUGUAAAUGUAUAAUGCAAAUUUAGUUCAGUUUCGUGUAAGGGGCCUCUAGUAUUAAGGGGUUAUCCAUUAUUAGACGGGAUCAGCUAAAAGUUGCAUAUUAGCAAUGAUUUUCAUAAGGUGAGGGUCUUACUAAAUUUAUGGGAGAAAUCUCAAUAUAUGUUGUUGUUGUUGUUAAAGAUGGUCUCACUGUGCAGCCCUGGCUGUCCUGGAACUAACUUUGUAAACUAGACUGGCCUCAGACUCACAGAGAUCCACCUGCUCUCUGCCUCUUACAUGCUGGUAUUAAGGGCAUGUGUAACCACACCAGACUAAAACAAUUGUUUUUAGAAAGUGCUGAAUAACCUGGCCUUUUGAGAGCCAUCAGGUAGAGAAGAGGUAGAAAAGAGUCCUGGGCUUUAGUGCUGUUCUUUAAAUUCUCAAGCAUUUAUUUACUUCAUAGGAUACAUCAAACCACCAACAAACUGCUGAGCAGGCAGGCCUUUCUAGCAGCUUCUACGGACACGAAGCAUGUUGUGUCCCCUUAACGCCGAUGGCACCAUGUCUAUCUUACUCUCUUUUAGAUAUGCUACGCUAAUUUUUGUCUUCCUAGGUAUUGAAGUUUGCAUUCCAGGGUUAUUGUGUGUAUGUAUUUAUGUAUGUGUACAAUGUUGUUACAAGUAAACAAACUUCAAUUUGAAGUGCAUUCAUUAUGUGGUAUCCAUGUGUAUCGACCAUGUGCCAUAUAUCUAUUAUGGUCACUAGAACAUCUUUUUAUGAUGCUUAUUAUUAUACUGUUUUUCAUUUAACUUGUAAAAUUUUACAGAAUUCAUUUUCUUUUUUUCCCUUUCACAUAUACGUUCAUAUAUUUUUCUACUUUGGUCCUGGGAAGGCCAAUCCUAAUCUCUUUUCUAUUAUUCUCCUCUCUGUAAUGGGCAUAAUUUAAGAUAUUAUAUAUCCAAGGUUCUCGGACAAUCAAGAAUUUCCUAACUGUAAUAAUGUGUAUAUUACUUAAUAAAGACUUGACAUGGAAAGAAA